AUGCAUGUCCCAUAUCAAAUCUUAGGCUAUUGUGGGCAUCUCUUAAAGUCGUCCCGCCGCCCUUCUUCCAUUUCUAAUCUCGUCGCGCAUGCUCUGCUGGGCGCGCCCUGCUUCCCUCCGUUGUGCAACAUGCCUCACCUCCACACGUGUGUAUUCCCUCACCUUUUGCGCGUGCCCUGCCUCACCCUUUCACGCUCGCCCCCCAUCCCCUCAUCGCUUGCAACCUUCCUCUCUACGUCGAGCCAGCCUAUCCCCGCGUCCCACUCACGCCCUGCUUCCGCCGCGCGCCCUGCUCCAGCCACGCAACCUGCUCCAGUCGCGCGCCCUAAUUCAGCCGCGUGCCACCACCAGCCCACUGGUACCCUCUCCAGCCAUUGGCCCUCUCUCCUCACUCUCUUCGCCUCUUCACCCUCCCCUCCUCUUUUCUGCCCUUUCUAUCCUGCCCCCCUCUCACACCUUCCCCUGCCUCCUUCUUCCACCCUUCCUCCUCCUCGUUUUCCUCCCCUCAUUUUCUCAGCAAUAGCUUCCCCCGCAGCUUUCCCUCCACCUCGUUAUUCCCCCUUCAGUUGCUUAUCUCAGUUGACUACCACGCCCACUAUUCUUCCUCCUCUUUUGUCUCCCCACAUCUGCUCAGCAGCUGACUAUUCCACCCGCUAUUCGUCCUCCUCUUUUGUCUCCCCACAUCUGCUCAACGACAGUCUCCUCCACCUUAUAUUGCCCAUUCUUGCCCUUCCCUCUCUCCCUCUACGCUACUGCCCUCCCACUCCUACUACUGUACCUCUUCCCUCAACCCCCCUCUCCCCUCCCUCACCCCCUUCUCCGCCGUCGUUUGCGUGCGCUGCCCCACCCGCCCUCGCACCACCCUUCCUUCAUGCUGCUCUACCUCCUCUCUGCCCCACACUCCUAAUUGACUUCAGCUGUUGCAUCGGCGUCAGUAGUCCUCUGCCCUGUCCAUUCUUGCCGCUGUGA